UCUUAACUGUGUGGCCCCAGAGCCACUGUGCUUCUGAGCGGCAGUGGUGACAGCCAUGGCGGCACAGCUUAGAGCCUGGAAUGCUGCAGCUAACUCGGGUCGGGAAAAUGCGACAGCGACUGCCCACUCGAGGUCGUCAUGGCGACAGCCAGUGAACGUGUUCCUCUCCUCGGGCAGGCCUCCGAGUGUAGAGGAGCUGCUUCGAGAGGCGCAGCUCAAUCUCCAGAGCCUGUUGCAAGAAGAAUAUGAGGAACAGUACUCGGAGGCCAGACUUCUGGGGCAGACCUUUCGCUCUUCUGAUGAGGCCCCUGAGCCCACCCCCAACCCAAGGCCCCAGUCUGCCAGGCGUCUGGAGUUUGUAUUGAUGCCUACAAAACGGCAGCUGAGUGAGGAUGAAACUACCACCCAGGGUGUGAGGGCCCCCGAGGCCUCCCUGAGCCUGUCUACCACAGCCGACAAGCAAACUGCCUGGAAUAGCUUCUUCCCUCUGCCCAUCCUAGAGGAGAAGCGGUGGCUUCAGCCUUGCUCCACACAGUCUGACAUUGUGCCCAUCAACAUCUCUGGGCAGCAGUUUGAUAAACAUGCAAGUUUGCGACACUCAUUGUUUAACACAGAGACAGCCGUGAACCCCAAGUCCACCCUGAGGCGGAGGCGGACCAUUAUUGGAUUCUCUAACUUUCCCCAGCGAGACCAAGGUCACAGCCACAGCCCAGCAGGCAGUGCGGCCCACUCGACCACCUCCGACAUCAGGCCCAGUCACUCAGUUCCGGAAGGGGUUCAUGGAAGAGUUGCAGUUGGUCACUACGCUCGGUUCCCAAGUCUUACCUCGCCAGUACUGAGAACUCCUUCCAGUGAGCCAGACGAACCUCACCAGUCACAGAGUGGCCCAAACCCUCCUGGCAUGGAGAGCAUGGGAAUGGUAUACAGUGUCCCCACUUCUUGCAAUGGACCUACAGAAUCAACCUUCUCCACUUCCUGGAAGGGAGAUGCUUUUACCUACAUGACUCCAAGUGCCACCAGCAAGAGCAAUCAAGUCAAUGAAAGUAGGAAAAAUCCUUCCUGUGGGAAUUCUUGGGUCUCUGUGAACACAGUCCCACCUCUGGUUCCUAAGGAGGCUGCUACUCUCCUUGUUGCUCAUGAUAACCCAGCAGGAUGCAGUGGGUCAGCUGGCUACCCUGAGCGCCUUAUUCAGCGAAGGCACAUGCCAGAAAGACCCUCCAAGAUUGGCCUUCUGACCAGUGGGACCUCGAGGCUGGAGACAGGCCCCGGUGGAGCCAGCAGAUUCCGGGAGCGGUCAUUGUCUGUGCCCACAGACUCAGGCACCACAGAUGUUGACUAUGAUGAGGAGCAGAAGGCCAGUGAGGCCUGUGCCUUGCCUUUUGCCAGUACGAGCUCUGAGGGCAGUAACAGUGCUGACAACAUCAUCUCCCUUAGUGCCCAACAAGAGGCCCAGCACAGAAGGCAGAGGUCCAAGAGUAUCUCACUCAGGAAGGCCAAAAAGAAGCCUUGCCCACCCACACGCAGUGUCUCACUAGUCAAAGAUGAGCCAGGCCUCUUGCCUGAAGCACUAUCCAAGGACCAGAGGCCCAAGAGUCUUUGCCUCUCCUUGGAACACCAAGGACAUCACUCGUCCCACCCAGAUGCUCAGGAUCACCCAGCUGUGCCAAACCUCAAAGAUCCAGAAGGUACACAAUUCUCCCACCACUGGUAUCUUACUGACUGGAAGUCUGGUGACACCUACCAAUCCCUGUCCAGCUCCAGCACUGCCACCGGUACCACAGUCAUUGAGUGCACCCAAGUUCAGGGCAGCUCAGAGUCUCUUGCCUCGCCUUCCACCUCCAGAGCCACUACACCUUCCCAACUCUCCAUCGAAGUGGAAGCUAGGGAGAUAUCCUCCCCAGGAAGGCCCCCGGGACUGAUGUCACCCUCCAGUGGCUACUCCAGCCAGUCAGAGACACCAACUCCCACUGUUUCCAUGUCCUUGACCAUGGGCCACUUACCCCAUCCAAGCAGCAGUGUCCGAGUACGUCCAGUGGUACCUGAGAGGAAAUCAUCACUACCCCCAACGUCACCAAUGGAGAGAUUUUCCAAGUCACGGCUAUCAUUUGACCUACCACUGACCUCUUCACCCAACCUGGAUCUGUCUGGGGUGAGUAUCUCCAUCCGAAGCAAAACCAAGGUGAGUCGGCAUCACUCAGAGACAAAUUUUGGUGCCAAGCUGGCCCAGAAAACUAGUCCCAACCAGCCAGUCAUGCCUAUGGUUACUCAGUCCGACCUACGUUCUGUUCGCCUGAGGUCGGUCAGCAAGUCUGAGCCGGAAGAUGACAUUGAGAGCCCUGACUGUGCCGAGGAAACCAGAGCAGAAGUCUUCACCUUGCCAGAGAGAAAGAUGAAACCUCCUGUAGCUGAGAAGCCUCCAGUGGCCCGAAGGCCUCCAAGCUUGGUCCACAAGCCACCAUCUGUCCCCGAGGAGUACCCACUAACUUCACCAACCUUGGCUAUGCUCCCCAGGAGCUCAAUUCAACAUGCGAGACAACUCCCUCAAGACAGCUACACGGUGGCGCGGAAACCAAAGUCCUCCAGCUUCCCAGAUGGCAGAAGCCCAGGGGAGUCAACAGCACCCUCAUCUCUUGUUUUCACACCUUUUGCCAGUUCCUCUGGUGCUUUCUUCUCAGGAACACAGCAGCCUCCCCAGGGAAGUGUGGAGGACGAGGGCCCCAAGGUGAGGGCCUUGCCUGAAAGAAUUAGCCUCCAGAGCCAGGAAGAAGCUGAGAAAAAGAAAGGCAAGAUUCCACCUCCCGUACCAAAAAAACCCAGCGUGCUGUACCUGCCUCUCACCUCUCCCACAGCUCAAAUGGAGGCCUGUGUGUCAGAACCAAGGCUCUCUCUCAGCCCCAUCAUCACACUGGAGGAAGACGCCAAGUGUCCCCCAGCUGGUGAUGACCUGCAAUCACCUGGUCAAAGGGUGACUUCAACUCCGCAGGCUGACAGUGAAAGGGAGGCAAGCCUUCUGGGGAGCUCUGUGGAACAAGGCACCGAAGAAAAAAGUUUAAUCAGUGAUAAAACAGCCGAAUGGAUUGCGGAGGAUGAUGAUGACGUGUUUGUGGCUUCACGCACAACUGAAGAUUUGUUUACCGUGAUACACAGGUCCAAAAGGAAGCUGCUCGGCUGGAAGGAACCUGGUGAGGCCUCUGUGGGCGGCAGACCGAGCUCCCACUCACCAAUAAAGAACACAGCUGAGUUUCCAAUCAGUGAGUCUACCACCACCACAGGGUCAGGCAGCGGUGCCAACCUAGAUGCUGGCAGAAACGACGAUUUCAAGGCCUUGCUACAGAAGAAGGGAAGUAAGGCAACUCCAAGGUCUCGUCCCUCAGCAGCUGAACUGCUGAAGACCACUAACCCACUGGCUCGGAGAAUUAUUGCACAAUUUUCAAAAGACUAUGAAACCACUGAUAACCCCAGUAUCUAAGCCCUGGGCUCAACAAGCAGGGUUUACUUACUAAAUUUGAGUAGAGAAGGGGGAAGAGAAAGGGUCUUUAAACAGAACCAAGGGAAUAACAACAGAGUCUACAUUUCUUUCACAUUAACUCAUACUCUGGACAGCAGGAGAGAGGCUAUUUUAUCUAGAGCUAAAAUCAUCUGGCACUUAAUCAUCCUCAGACAUUUUUAUGUUUUCAUACUUAUAAGCUCAUCAUGACUGACUCCCGAGUUUCUUCUUACUUUCCCCCAGUGGUGUGCACUAACUAAGAAGAAAUUUUCAGAUGCCAGGGCACAUGUGCCAGUUUUUCAAUUCAAUGACCCGGCUGCUCCAUCCCUGGCUUCUGUCACUGAGGAGUGCAGUGUGAGAGCAGAUUGGAGGCUGCCAAACCUGGGGGGCGUAGGGUGCCAUUGCUCAUUAUUCACUUUCCUGGGGAGGCUCUGAUGGCUCUGUGUACAAAUACAGAAAGACUCUGAUGCCUCCUCAACCACAGUUUAGCUUUCCCCUGCACUUGUGAGAGGUUUGCAGGGUAUAGUUAUUUCCGCAUGGGGUUGAUUGGAUGGCUUCUGUGGUGCAAAAUAUGACUGUGACUCCGUCCAGAAACUUAAUGCCUUUUUCAGUUUGAUUGUCUACAUGGAGAUCAGGGUGAUGAGUUUCAACAAACAUAUAGACCCCCCCGCAUUAGCUAGAAAAGACCAGGACUGGGUUGCUUUGAAUGAACCAAGCUUGACCGACAAACAAGACAGCCAUUUGUUCACUCAGAUCUAGCCGAGGUAACUCACAAGUGCACCUUGAUAUCCUCCAUGUGUCUGUCAACAGUGAUAGACAAGAUCUGUGCCCAGCUCAUGCUGCAUUCUAAGAACUCUCAUUUCAUUUGCAUAUAACAUUCAUUACAGGGAGUGACUAAUUGAAAGAACAGCAUCAGCAAAGGCUCAAGGAGAAUGGAAAGUAAGUGCAUCUUGCCCUUCACCAGUCAAUUCAGAUCAUGGUUUGUGGUUGGUUUGGUUUUGUUUAAAGGAAGUCUGACUCUGUUCCAAAAACCGAGAACAUAUAAACUGAAAGGAUCUAUCCAAACCCUAAAAUGCAGUCUUGCCAGUUGCUAUGGCCCACAAUGCACACACACACACACACAAAGGGCUACUUUUUGCCAUUUGGGUUCUGCUGUUUGACCAGCUUUCAACUAACCUUGCAGGGGGAGAGCAUAAGAACCUGGGUAAAUGGCAUACUGAAAGAGCUUCAGAAUAAAUCAUUGUGACCUCACACCACCCCCACCCCCAUGAAGCUCACAGGCACUAACUAUUCUUGUCAGCUCAAUUUUCUAAGCAGAGCAAGAGCAGUGAUUCAUUUGAUUUUUGUAUGCCUGAUUUCUGGGAGGUUGCGGAGGGGGGAGACAAAGCAUUGAGCAAAGAAAAUCUGCUGAUCAGUGAUGGAAGGUUAAUUGUCUACCGUCUUCAAGAGGCAAAAAGAACAGUCGAAUGAAAUCGUAGCGUGCUUCACAAAGAGGGUUCCCUGGCCCCUUCCUACUUCACCCCCCACCCAACAGAUUCAAUGGUCAACCUCUUGGAGGAUGCAGUAAGAGUUCCAGAGAUAAGCAGAUCUCAACUUUGAUAGGUCGUAUUGCCCAAUGAGAAUCUAUGUCAUAGCUCAACUGCCCACACUCCAGCUGGACCGAGCAGCUGAAAAACCACACUAAGUACUGAGAAAACUUCUCUCACAAGAGAAGCCCUAGGCCUAGACCCUUUCUUGUUAGAGUUCUGAAUCUAAGAUUUAUGGAAGCAGGCCAGGUCCCCCGAACUCCCUUGCAAUCAGUACUUCUUUCUGAUUUAGAAAGAAGACACUUAAAAUAGCUAGGCCCAGUUGCUUUUGAAGGUAUUGGAACUACUUGGUGUGAAGGUCUUAACCAAAUUCCAAAUUUUAGGGAUUUUGCCUGAAAUAAAAUCAAUUCAUCCUUGGCCUCAGUUUAUAUAUGAAUGCCACAUUUGUCUGCUCCAGACUCAGAAUUCCAAAAAACAAACAUUUUCCUCUGUAGAAAAUGAAGGGGUGUUUGUGCUUUUGCAUAGCAAAAGUGAAAGAACACCAGGGUCUGCUCCUUAGGAACCAUUAUGAGUAGUUAAACUUUAAAGCUGAGUAUGGGACUCACAUAAUAUAGGCCUUGCUACUUUCUGCUGACUUUUCUGGAAGUUUCUUGUUUACUACUUCUAGUGGGUUUUGCCUUUCCCCUCACCUUGCUACCUCUGGAGGUUUUCCCAAAAGAUUCUAAAACUGAAUGCUCAGACAUCUUUUUGUUUGUCAUUACCUUUAGUCUUGCCUUCCUCUACAAUACCCUAUAUGCCUGGAAUUUUUAGAGUGUCUUCUACAUCAUCACUGUGCCCCACCCAGUGGUAUUCCCAUUAGCACAAGAGGAUUCAGGGCAGAAAUCAUAUGGUUAGAGAGAAUGUUUAAGACUGAAAGUAUUCAUUUAAAUUUUAAACUAAUUUUUUGUAAAGAUGGGGUCUUUCUAUGUUGCCCAUGCUGGUCUUGGACCCCUGGGCUCAAGCAAUCCUCUUGCCUUGGCCUCCCAAAGUGCUGGGAUUAAAGGGGUAAGCCAUUGUGCCUGGACUCAUUUAAUAUUUUGCAACAGGUAGACAUAGUCCCAAAUAAAAGAUCAAACUGUAAAACAUCUACUAAUCAUUGACUAACAGAACACCAAGAAUCUUCCCCACUCCUAACACUCAACCUCUCUCCUGCCUCUGAUUAUCAUAACACCACUGUGUCUCCCACCCAGGCGCUUACCACAAUGUUUGCUGCCUUCUGCACCUACUCUGCCACGACUGGAGAAGAGAGGCUGAAAGCCCCUCAGGAAGGCUUACAGAGAACCCACCACUACUACAAUUACUAGUACAAAUGAUAAUGAUAAUAAUUUUUGAAUGUAUAAUAGAGAAGAGAUUUGAGUGAAAUGAAGUUGGCUCUAGAAGGUCAGCUUCCAUUUCAAGUCAUCCGUACCCCCUUUUCUCCUCCCCAUUCCAACCAGUAGCAACAGAUGGCUCUGCUAGCCUGACUUUGAUCUAGUCACUAUCCCUGGAGAGAAGGUUAAUUGGUAACCAAGGAUGCUUUGCAUUUGGUGGAUAGUCAGUACAUGUUUGUGAGGGUAGUUAUUCUUAGUACAAUAGCAAGCUUUGCUGGUGUCUCCUCUCCUUUGCCUGCACAGCUUGGCCUGCCUUAGCUCCUGACUGGGCCUCCCCACCACCCCAGCCCCAGCUUCUCUCUCAGCCCCAAAUCCCAUGAAUUGCAUCCCUAGACAACAACUCACCCAUAAAGGAAGUGAGACAACAGGAAGCAAAAUAAUUAGUGUUAGCAUAAUAACCACAAACUGACCAGUUGAUCUGGAUAAAUUACCUUGAACGUACAAAGACAGAGGAGAUCCUACCAGGCUCUCCUAACAAGCAUUGCACCUGACAUCCAGUGUAACUAUCUAGACAACACAGACCCUAUUGCAGUUUUCUCCAUUCCUGUCAGUCUGAGCAGGUCCAGGCACCUGCCCUCUUCCUCAUCAAUGAACAAUUCGGGAAAAAGACGAGUUGAUGCUCAGUAUUCUGUUCCUCACUCAUUCAGCCUUCCAUUAUCGUCAAGUCUGUGACACAAUGGUGAGCUUUCGCUUUAAUAUGAUUUGCUCGGGCCAGGACUAGGGUGAGGUGAGCGAGGCGCCUAGGGCACAAAAUUCAAAGAGGUGCCCACUCUCAGGGCCAUGCAAGUGCCUUACCCUCGUCCCAGCCCUGUGAUUUGCACUCUUUAAAGUAAUAUCAGUUUAUCUUCUUCCUAUGAACAAGUAUAGUCCUGAUUUGGGAUGGGAGGUAACUCCCUAUCUCUUGUUGCACCAAAUAUUUUAUUGCUAUCUAUUUUUCCAUUGCCAUAAGUCUUUGUAUGCCUAUACAUUAAAGAAUCUUUAGUAGUGUUAAUAUCGGAAAACAUAGUUGAUUUCUAAGUAAUCUGCUCCAGGUGGCAAGUUAACACUCAUUUCAGUAGGGAUGCUCCCAGGGCCAGCCCUUCAACAAAAGAGUGACUGAGUUGAGGUCUGUCACCAGGAUCCUCCCUCUCCUCUUUCUGCUCCAUUCUCCCCAAACUUCGCUUCCCAGCACCAACUCUCCUCAGUGCCUCCUACUUCGUUCUCCGCCUCUCUAAGAAAAACACGCUCUCAGGAAAGGGAUAAAUUCAUUUACUUUGAGAUUAUAAGGCUUAAUGCUACCUCUUUUGAGGGUCACUUGCAUUUUAACAGGGGAAAAGCCUUAAGCCAAAGGAAUGAGGUUCUACUUGCAGGAUGUUAGGCAUCAACUAGUUGUAGAAAUGUAUUUUUCACCAUGGAAAGGCCAAAUUCCCUGACGCCUAACUCCAGAAUAUAGAAAAUAUCUUAAUCACCUGGAAUCAUUUGAGUUAAUAGCUGAUGGUCAAUUAAAUUGUCCUGAUACCCAAUGCUAUUCAAUAUGGUUACUACCAAGGGACUCUCAGAAAUGGCUACUAAAGCCACUGAGAAUGCCUAGAUCAUUCAUACUGUACAUUGACAUUUUUACAUAAAUGGAAGUAAUACUACUUACCAUUUGAGUAAAAGAAUACAAGGAUUUAAA